AUGGAUACAACUAAAGAAAAUAAUGGUGCAAAAAAAAAACCUAUGACACAUGAAGAAAGGCUAGCUCUAGCUGCUAAACUAGAUAAAGAAUUGGAUGAAUUCAUUGAUGGACUUGAAAAAAAAAGAUAUACAGAAGGAUGGCCAGAAGAUAAAUGGCAAGAAGAGAUGGAAAAGCAUCCUUUUUUUAUGACCAAAGUUCCUGAAGAUGGAACACUUUCUCCUCUUUUAGAAGGGAUUCAGCAAUUGAAGUAUGAUGAAAAUGAAAACACACCAUUGGAACUUGCACAAUCAUACAAAGAAGAUGGAAAUUUUAAUUUUAAAUAUAAGAAAUAUAGAAUGGCUAUUAUAAGUUAUACUGAAGGUAUUCGCAAAAAUUGUAACGACAAUGAAGUUCAAAGUCAGCUUUACAGCAAUAGAGCUGCUGCUCAUUAUCAUCUAGGAAAUUACAGAUCGAGUUUGGCUGAUUGUCGAAUGGCUUUAAAAUUUGUUCCUGAAUAUCAUAAAGCAAAAAUAAAAGCUGCUCAAUGUUGUUUAAAAUUAAAAAUGUAUGAUGAUGCCAUUGAUUAUUGUAAUGACAUCCUUAAAAUGUGUCCAAAUGAUGCCAAUGCGAUAAAAAUCCAGUCUGAGGCUCAAACAUAUAAGAAAAUUCAAGAAAGAGAUAAAAGAAAGCAAAAAAAAGCAGAUUUAAAAUUUCAUUCAACUUUAGAGGCAGUUAAAUCAGCAGUCAUGGAUCGUAAUAUUCCAGUCGAAGUAGAUGGAGAUAUAUUGAAUUCGUUAGAGUUUGCUUCGGAAAAACCAAUUUUAGAAAAUGGAACUUUGUAUUGGCCUGUUUUUUUCCUCUAUCCAGAGUACUCCAUGUCAGAUUACAUUCAACAAUUUAAUGAAAAUGAUAUAUUUUUCGAUCAUCUUGUCGAAAUGUUCACAGAAUCCCCACCAUGGGAUACAUUUAAAAAAUACAAACCGAAUACAUUAUCCAUAUACUAUGAAGGAUCUGAUAGAAGUAAAUUGUACUCUGUAGAUUUAAACAAAACACUUCUUCAGGUUCUCACUUCUGGAAAGUAA